AGAACGACAACUUUAAGAUUGGAGAGAACGACCGCGACGCCGAUGGACGCACCCAUGUCGGCGGACGAGACCACCGCCGCGUAUAUCAAGGCCAUGAACCGUCGGCUCAAGAAGAAUAUGUACCAGAGACAGAAACAGGCAAUGUAUCGACGACAGGACAAGAUGGAGAUAGCGUUCCAGCGAGAACGCGUCGUCGUCCUAGAGGAGUUGCUCGCGCAAGCACGUAAAAGGAUGCGCGGGACGAUGGCCACGACAGCGCAGUCGACAUCGAUCCUGUCUUGGGAAGACAUUGCAUUGGCGCUGCAUGAAGGAGAAACCGCGGCGGUAGAACGGAACGGACAGCUCCGACAUCAUGUGCAACGCGCGCACGUCGUGCUGGAAGACCUCAAAGCGUGGGUGUUUACUCGCAUUCCGACAUAUCCGAUCUCGUCGACGUGGCGGAACGUCGGACUUGUCAAACGGCCCGACACACGGCAAAUUGGAGUUGACUGGAUCACAAAGCAGCUCGCAUACAACUCGACGCGGGCAUUUCAACAAUACGGGUUUCCCCCACCCGACUCAUCCGAGACGGUUGACGACUACGUGUACUUUUACGACGGCGACGGACUGGUCGCCGUCCAGCGCAUUCAGUACGUGGUCAACCAGCCAUUCGAAGCCUUUUGCAAGCUUGUCACAAGCGAUACAUUCAUGGGCGACGUGAAUCUAAAUACCGGCGACAAGCCACUGAACCCUGACAUUCAUCACCACAUCCACGACAGCAGGCAAGGCAUCCGGCUCAACUUUGUCGGCCGAGCGACCCAAGUCGACGACAGCCACAUGUCGUACGUCGGACAGCACGUAAACAACGAUGAGCUCUUCCCGACGGACCACUUGCAGCGCCAUCGCGUCAUGAUGUGCGACUACGAGCGGGUCGGACCGAGCAAAACCAAGAUCCGGUCGCUGCAGCUCAUGUCUGCUCUGUUUGACAAGCACGGAGUGUACUUGCCUCCAGAAGCGGAGGCCAAGAUUUGGGGUUUCGACCUGGGCGACGGACCCGACUACACCAAACCUGACCGAUUCCUCCAGUGUACAAAGAAGCAAAUAGCGGACGCCAUUGCCCGACGCCAGCUCAUCAAGAAGCCGCCCCCCACGUAGUUCAUACUAAACCAUGCGAUGGGUCCGAAAUCUCCAUCAAGUGCUUCCACGCGCUAUGGAACGUCGUCCCUCCUCCACACAGGGGAUUUCGUUUUGUCUAUUGCGAUAUUGUAUUUAGCACUAGAGUUAUUUGCAGCGAAAGCCUACUCGAUAUAACUGAAGGAAUAGCGUUGAUUUCGCCCAUAGAA